AUGGAAACGACGAUCAAUGCUCUGAAAGCGGUAAAUCAAGGUUCGAACAAUAAUGGUUGUGUUUCAGAGGCAAAAUGCUUGUUUGGAAAGCCCAACAGGGACAGGAAAGACGUUGUCGCUAUUAGUUUCGACGUUGUCUUACAUUCAAAGCUUAAAGAAUAAUUUCAAAUUGGACAACGGGAGGAUGGACGAGCUUUUGCAAUCCGGCGUGCAGUUUGGUAGGUAAUCCGUGUUGUCUCUCUUAUUUUGGUAUUUUUUAGAUCCCAGAGGGGGUUUGAUGAAGACCAGGUUAUUUCCUCAGGUGAUUUACGCAUCUCGAACUCAUUCCCAGUUAAAACAAGUUAUCAAGGAGUUGAACAAGACCAUUUACAAGGCGUAUGCUUUUAUUUUAUAAGUUUUAUUUUUUGUAGAACUACAUCUGUCGCAAUCUUGGCGGGCCGUGACCAGUUCUGCCUAAACGAGAAAGUGAAGAAACAGCCCAAUUCAAAUCUUAAGGUAUAAGAAAAAGGGUUGACAGACUCUUUGUUUUUUUAGAGUCAGGUAUGUAGACAGUUGAUCCACUCGAAGAAAUGUCAUUAUCACAAUCAACUUCAAAACAAAGACCCUGCAAGUAUUAUGAAUGCUUACAAAACGGAAGGCAAUGGGGAUGUUAUGGAUAUUGAAGACCUCUUAAAGGCAGGACAGAAGCAUCAGUAAGCUGUUAUAGAUUGCUGUUAUCUUCAGGCAUUGCCCUUUCUUCUUGAACCGCGACUUACAGCAGAAUGCGGAUCUUAUUUUACUCCCUUACAAUUAUGUCUUGGAUCCGAAGAUCAGAGAAAUUUACAAUAUCAAUCUGACUGGCAACAUCAUUAUCUUUGACGAGGCACAUAAUUUGGUAUUGUUAUUUGUUUUUUUCGUAUAUUUUUCAGGGAAAAAUUGCUGAGGAAUCAGUAUCGAUGACAUUAACUUCAAAGGAUGUUGGUCUCUGUAUUAAAGAAACCCAAGAAUGUUUAGAAGCUGUGAUUCAGGAAGAGGAAUCGACCAGGGAUGCUUUCGAAAAAUCAGAUUUAAUGUUUCAUCAAAUGGAACAGAUUAAUAGAAAGGAUGAGAAGAAAGAACAGAAGAAAGCCAAGAAAGAAGAUAUUGCCCAGUUUCUGGGUAAGUACCAUACUUUGGCUGUCAAACACACAUUCAGAAUUCUUGAUUCAGUUAGAGGAUAACAUCGAUGAGUUCGGAAGUAAAGAAGCUGGAAAAGGGGAAAAUGUCCCCGAUCUCCCAGGCAAACUCUUUUCUGGUCAAGAAUUCGUGAAUCUGCUUUAUAAAAGUGGGUUUACUCCACAAAAUGCCCAAGCAAUCGGAGUUCUUAUUGACAGAAUGGGCACUUUCCAUAUUCAGCAAAGUAAUGUCUAUUUAAAUGACUAAUGAAAUAAUAUUACAGAUUCAGACAGUGGAAUUGGCAGCUCAGAGAUUGUAAGAAAAACGGAUAAACUGUCAGAUUUUUCUUCAUUCCUUUCACGAGUUUUUUCGAUUGGCUCAGAGUCCGCCAAUGAUGAAAUUUAUGAUCUUUUCCAAUUGUAUUUUACCGAGCCAGAAGCAAACUGUUACCGUCUUGACUUUUGGUGUUUCUCGCCUCAGAUUGGAAUGAAAUAUUUGCAGAAUAAAAGGCCUCAAUCGAUACUUCUGGCGUCUGGAACCCUGUCGCCCAUAAACAAUUUUAUCGGAUCCAUGGGAGUGUAAGCUUAUUACACAUGGUGGACAUGAUCAGUGUUUCAGAUCAUUUCCUUUUGUUCUUGAAAAUGAUCAUGCCGCCAAAUCUAAUCAGAUUCUUGUACGUUCCAUCCAGAAAACUCAGAAGAAUGUCGAUUUAUAUGGGACUUUUCAGAACCGGUAAUUAAAAUUUAAUCGGAAGAAGAUAGUUUUAGAGGUUCUGAUUCGUACAUUAAUGGAAUUGGCGACAUUAUUGUUGAACUAGUUGAGAGCGUGCCUCAGGGAAUGCUGGUUUUCUUUCCAUCGUAUAGCCAAAUGAAAACAUUCCUGGAUAAAUGGAAAGUGGGUGUUUAAGAUUAAUCAUCACAUUUGAUUAAGAAACCGUCCAACGGUCUUCAAGCUCUAUGGGAAAGAUUGGAAUCCAACAAGAAGCUCUGUGUAGAGCCCACUAACAGGAACGAUGUUAAUCUUAUCUUCAGAGAGUUUGAUUUGGCUGUCAGAACCGGGAAUGGAGCCGUAAUGUUUGCUGUGUGCAGAGGAAAGAUGUCGGAAGGAAUUGACUUUGCUGAUUGUCAUUGCCGAGCUGUAGCUGUGGUUGGCAUUCCCUUUCCUCCCAUCCGAGAUCCAAGAGUCAUCUUGAAGAAAAGAUUUCUGGGCUUAAGGUUAUCUAAAGGUAAACAGGAAAUGAGUCCUGAAGAAUGGUAUCGCGUAGAAGCGAUUAGAGCGGUUAACCAGGCGUUAGGAAGAGUUAUCCGACAUAAAGAUGACUUUGGAGUCGUCAUCUUGGCUGAUGCAAGGUAAGCGGUUUGUGAUGUAACUUUUAUUGUUAUACAUAUUUUGUAGGUAUGGGACAAUGGCUACUAAUGUGUAUCCAGCGUGGAUACGGCCCGCGUUUAAAGCUGAACUGAAUGCUCACAAGAUGUUUGCAGAAGUUAAGCGAUUCUUUUCGGAAAGAAAUCUGGCUGUGAAAAAAUCGAUGUCGAAUACUUUAUCUGGGGCGCUAAAAAGACCUCAUUUGUUGAUAGAAGAUGUCUCAGAAAAGAAAAAGAAGAAUGAGGAAAGCAUGAAGAAGAUCGUGGAUAUGUACUCGAGUUCACAGCCUCCUCCAACUGUUGGUUCACAAAACGAGCCGUCAUCAGCGGAGCCAGUUAUUAUUAGAACUGACGCCGCAACAAAUUCGACGUUCUUUUCACAUUUACCCGGUAAAACACUAAGUCAAAACUUGCCCAAAAGACGGAUAAUAAAGCUUUCGGUAAGGCGGAUUAUCGAAACUUUAUAUGCGUUUCUCGCUUAUGUAAUCGUUGCUUUUUUAGGGUUCGAAGUCAACAUUUGGGUCGAAGCCGUUGUGA